UGGGUGUCAUGAGAAAUUAUUGUUUUCCCGGAUCUGUUUACACAUACUGAUUCCUUUCUAUGAUAUCUGUUAUCAAAUCUUUCUUCUGCCCCCAUUCGAAUGCCGUUCUUGUUGAGGAGCCGGGAAUCAUUAAUACCGGUGCAGUAUUAGGCAUUGUUGCCUGUUAGAGUUGUCCACACAUUUUUUGCACGAACAUUUUCCAAGUUCCCCCCCCCCCCUACAAGCCUCCAUCCGCCACCACACAGACCAUUACCACUACCCACUCUCGCCCACCACCACACUACCCUACUUCGACUACCAACAAGCUAACCCUACCGAACGCAUCUGCGACCGCCUCUCCCUUACCUGCUAUCCUACCCACCUCCCUGCUCCCUCCUGCAACGCGGCCUUACCCUGCUUUUGAAUGACAGCCCGGACCACUUCCUCCUAACUCAACAGACGAACACCCAAGGUGGAUCAACAAAAGCCGAAAGCCCGUCUCUCGCGUCCGUACGAGGACCAAUCCACGCUUUGGGAAGCAGUUGGCUAUUCUCCCAUCGCAUCUCCCACUAACGUUGGUGCCUCCAAGCCUCAAUUUCCUGCUUCGGCAGCCCCUCCUCCGCCUAGCUUCGAUUCCCCUUACCGCUGUUCGCAGUCAACGACAGCUCCCUCUCAGUUCCCAUCGGUAGCAGGAUUAGAGAUGCCGUCUCCGGGUCAUCAUCAACAACCAUCCUCUCCCACUGACUCCGACAUUCCAUCCAGGGAUGGAGAUCAACAUACCCCCACGUUCCAUCAGCCUCACUACCACGAAAUGGACAAUAGGGAUAUGAGUGAUCGCCAUAUCCUAGAAUGGGACGCAGAAGAUGUUGCUGGCUUCAUACGCUCGCUAGUAUUGGAUCAGUACGGCGAUUCGUUUCUCGAUAACGAAAUUGACGGCCAGGUCCUAGUCCAUCUCGAUCACGAAGAGUUACGGGAUGUUGGCGUGCAAAGUGUUGGACAUAGGCUUACCAUCUUAAAAAAUGUCUACAAUAUCAAGAUUGCCCAUGGUGUAUCCAUCGACACUGGUGAUUAUGUGCCAGUUUCCGCCGACGUCGAAGAUACCGAAAAGUCUGCUACACAGCAUGACAUCCAACGAUUGAUUGGGAUAAUACGGCAGAGGGAUGAGAGAAUUUCGCAAACUGAGGGCGAGUUGAGGGAAUUGCAAAAGGGGAUUACAAAGCUGAGGGAGGAGCUUCUUCCAGUAUGGCGACGGGAACGCGAUAAACGGGAUCGAGAUAGGGAUAGAGAAGAGAGAGAUCGGGAAAGGGAUCAGAAACUCAUCCUUGGAACACCCAAGAACCCAUCACCCACGCAUUCUACACAUCCUGAGAAUGUACGAACCGAUUACGAGCCACCGCCGACCGCGACGAAUGGGAAUGCUACGAUAGCAAACCUGCAGAAUUCUCAGUCACCCGGCAACAUCCCCUCACCGACGUCACCAUCAACAAUAUAUCAUGUACCCGGGACUGGUGUAGGUAACCCUCUAAAUAACUCCAACCUAGGUGGCAUGAAUGCGCCUGCAGCUACCCACAGACCCGCCGAUGGUCAGCCACCCCGAACUCGCCCACCCCGAUCUGACUAUGAAGAACCCAACCCGCUAUCAACACCAAGCAAUUCCUCAUCGUCAGUCGAAAUUUUUAAGUCGUUUCGAGUAUCCAUGGAAGAUCCCUGUUACAAGGUUUUACCCGCAGCUCUCAAACGGUACAACAUCCAAGCCAACUGGAGACAGUAUGCACUUUAUAUUGUUCACGGUGAUCAGGAAAGAUGUCUGGGUCUUGAGGAGAAACCACUCAUAUUAUUCAAGCAGCUGGAUAGAGAAGGAAGGAAGCCCAUGUUUAUGCUAAGACGAAACGGCAACUUUGAUUCUGGCGGUGGUAGUUCUAACGGCGGGGGGCCAUCCGGUGGAGGCAUAGGCGGCAGCGGAGCGAGUGUAUAUGGCGGCCGAGAAGGUGGCAUCACAUUACCUGGUGGAGUAUUAUAAACUCUCUUCCUCAUCCCACAGCCAUAAAGUAAAGAAAGCAAACAAUAAAAAUAUGUGGAGUGUGCCCAGAACUUCACCCAGACAGGACGGGAAAGCACGGGUAUGCACAGGAGCCGUUAAACCCACUUUCCUACCAGUCCAUUUCAUAUUUUUCUCACUCUCGUUCCAUUUCUUAUGCUCUUGUCAUUCUUCCACUUCCUCUUCUAACUGGGCACUGCAAUUUGCUCCUCUUUAUAUAUUCUUUUUCGUUGUCUAUGUACCGAAUUCUUAUUUUCGCUUUUUACUUAUUCUCCAUUUGUUCUUAUUUCUCGGGAUUGGUUGGAUUUUGCUUUGCUCUAUUUUGUAUUCUUUUCUUCUUUCUUUUUUCCCCUUUUAUCAUUCACGACCCUACCGAGUCCAAUUGAAUGAGAAGUCUAAAGAGUGUUCAGGGGGAAAUGAGUGUGGGUUUGGGGACUUUUUUCUUCUUUUUUCUCAAAGUAUUUUUAUUCGAUUCUACUUUAUUCUAUUUUAUUCACUUGAUACUUAC